AUGGGAAGACCCCUCAACACGGGUGCAGCACUGGACUUUGUCACAAGGAACGUCUUCAUCCCAGCUGCGGGCAGCAGAAGAGAUGCUGGAGCUGCACAAAUCCUGGUGCUCAUCACUGCUGGGAGAUCCAUUGAUGACGUUGGUCCAGCAGCAGAGGCAGUGAGACAGGCUGGCAUUGAGCUCAUUGUUAUUGGAGCCAAGAAUGCAAUCAUGUCAGAGCUGCAACAGAUCACUUCUGACCCAGAUUCUGUUUUCAAAUUGAAUGAAUUUCGAGAAUUGCCAACAAUUGAACAACAACUCCUUUCUAAGUUUCAAGCAAUAGCAGUGAUAGAGGAACCAAUUCCUCCGACUGAAGUUACAACUGCAGCUGAAAUCCAGAGAGACAUUGUGUUUCUGAUAGAUGAAUCUGAUUAUAUUGGAAAUUCAAAUCUACAAUUCGUCCGCAAUUUUGUUUCAUCAAUAAUCAAUAGCUUUGAAAUUGGGAAAGACAGAGUACGAGUUAGUCUGGUGCUAUACAGCAAUGUUGCAGAAACUGAGUUCUAUCUGAACACCUACUCAAAAAGAGAUGAACUUCUGUCUCUACUGAGAUCUCUCAGCUUUGGAGGUGGUAAGAUUCUUAACACUGGGAAGGCAUUGGAAUUUGCCCUCAAAGCUCACUUCAUCAGAUCUACAGGAAGCAGAAAAGAAGAAGGUGUUCCCCAGUUCUUGGUGCUCAUUACUGGUGGAAGGUCUGGAGACGAUUUCAGAAGAGCUGCAGAUGCAUUGAAGCAGAGCGCUGUAAUAACCCUUGCUGUUGGAUCUGGGUCUGCAGAUCCUGCUCAACUGAAGCAGAUAGCUUUUAAACCCAACCUGGCCUUCCAUGUGAGGGAAUUCGAUUCUCUGCAAAGCAUACAGACACAGGUGAUAACAUUAUUACAAAAGCUGCAUGUUCAAACAGUGCCUAUUGAAGAGACAUCAGUGCCUGUUGAAGUACCACUGGUCACUACUACCAAAGCCAUGAAGAGAGAUAUUGUUUUCCUAAUUGAUGGUACUCCUUUUAUGGGAAGAUCUUUCUCUCAAGUCCGUGAAUUUCUUCUGAAGAUAAUCCCAGAGCUUAAUAUUGGACCAAACGAAGAUCACCUGGCUUUGGUACAGUAUGGUUCUGUUGCAAGGGCGGAAUUUUAUCUCAAUUCUUUUUCAACUAGAGAUGAAGUUUCAAAUGCAAUAAGAAAGGUGAUACCAAAAAUGGGAAGACCCCUCAACACAGGUGCAGCACUGGACUUUGUCAUGAGGAAUGUCUUCAAUCCAGAGGCAGGCAGCAGAAGAGAUACCGGAGCUGCACAAAUCCUGGUGCUCAUCACUGCUGGGAGAUUCAGGAGUAAUGUUGGGCCGGCAGCAGAGGCAGUGAGACAAGCUGGUAUUGUGCCAAUUGUUAUUGGAGCCAAGAAUGCUGUAAUAUCGGAGUUGCGACAGAUCACUUCUGACCCAGAUUCUGUGUUCAAACUAAACACCUUCCAGGAAUUGUCAACUAUUCAGCAACAGCUGCUGUCUAAAGCUCAACCAGUGCUUGAGAUCGAGGAGCCAAUAAUAAUUGUCAGUGAAGUUGUGCCAAAGGAAAUGAGUGAGAGAGACGUUGUGUUCCUAAUCGAUGGAUCAGACAAUGUUGGUGACGUUAAUUUACCUAAUGUCCGUGAUUUUAUCAUAAGAAUAAUUCAGCAACUGGUUGUCGAACAUGACAAAGUGCGAGUGGGUCUGGCACAGUACAGUGAUGACACAGAUGCUGAGUUCUACCUGAACACUUACUCAUCAAAAGCUGAACUUCUGUCUCAUGUCAAAAGCCUCAGGCUGAGAGGUGGGAAAAUAGCCAAAACUGGGUCUGCGCUUGAAUUUGCCUUUAAAAACUAUUUUACUAGUUCUGCCGGGAGUCGAAUCAAGGAGAAUGUUCCCCAGUUUUUGCUGCUCAUCACUGGUGGAAGGUCCAAUGAUAAUGUGGAGGUGGCUGCGGAUGCACUGAAACGAGCUGCCGUCAUGACUUUCGCGAUCGGUGUUAACAAUGCAGACCCAGCCCAACUGGAAGAGAUGGCAAUUGACCCAAGUUUGGUCUUUAAUGUAAAUGACUUCCGCUCUUUGCCAGAUGUCCUGAAUCAACUGAUGAUGCCACUGACAACGUUAAGUGUCCCAACAGUAAUUAUUGAAGAACCAACAGCAAAACCUGAGGAGGAACCUCUCACUAUCACAGAAGUGCUUGAGAAGGAAAGAAAUUCCUACAUGAGGGAUAUUGUAUUCCUUGUUGAUGGCACCCCCGGAAUGGGGAAAUCAUUUCCUCAAGUCCGUGAAUUCCUGAUGAAGAUCACUCAAGAGCUUGACGUUGGACCUGACACGGAUCAAGUUGCUGUUGUUCAAUACAGUUCGAACCCAAAACUUGAAUUUGCCCUCAACGAUCAUUCAACAAAAGAUGAGCUUUUGAAUGCAAUAAAAAGACUGCGAUUUAAAAAGGGAAAACCCCUCAACACGGGUGCAGCACUGGACUUUGUCACAAGGAACGUCUUCAGCCCGGCUGCGGGCAGCAGAAGAGAUGCUGGAGCUGCACAAUUUCUGGUGCUCAUCACUGCUGGGAGAUCCACUGAUGACGUUGGGCCGGCAUCAGAGGCAAUGAGACAGGCUGGCAUUGUGCUCAUUGCUAUCGGAGCCAAGAAUGCAGACACAUCUGAACUGCAGCAGAUCACUUCUGACCCAGAUUCUGCUUUCAACCUGGCAAACUUCGAACAAAUGUCAAUUAUCUCUCAACAGCUGCUGUCUAAAGUUCAACCAGUGCUUGUGACUGAGGAACCAACUCUUCCUACCCAAGAAGUUGUACUGAAGGAAAUGAGCGAGAGAGAUGUUGUGUUCCUUAUUGAUGGAUCAGACAAUAUCGGAAAUGUUAAUUUUCCUCAUGUCCGUGAUUUUAUCAUAAGAAUAAUUCAACAGCUGGCUGUCGGACAUGACAAAGUGCGAGUUGGUCUGGCACAGUACAGCGAUGACACAGAGGCUGAGUUCUACCUUAACACUUACUCAUCAAAAACUGAACUUCUGUCUCACGUCAAAAGCCUCAGUCUGAGAGGUGGGGCAACAGCCAACACCGGCUCUGCACUGGACUUUGCUAUUAAAUACUAUUUUCUUAGCUCUGCUGGGAGUCGAAUCAAGGAGAAUGUUCCCCAGUUUUUGCUGCUCAUCACUGGUGGAAGGUCCAACGAUGAUGUGGAGGAGGCUGCGGAUGCACUGAAACGAGCUGCCGUCAUGACUUUCGCAAUCGGUGUUAACAAUGCAGACCCAGCCCAACUGGAAGAGAUGGCAAUUGACCCAAGUUUGGUCUUCAGUGUAAAUGAAUUCAGCUCUUUGCCAGAUGUCCUGAAUCAACUGAUGAUGCCACUGACAACACUAAGUGUUCCAACAGUAAUUAUUGAAGAACCAACACUGACUGAAGAAAGAACAAUUAUUGAAGAACCAACCAUUAUUGAAGAACCAACAAUUAUUGAAGAACCAACACUGACUGAAGAAAGAACAAUUAUUGAAGAACCAACCAUUAUUGAAGAACCAACCAUUAUUGAAGAACCAACCAUUAUUGAAGAACCAACCAUUAUUGAAGAAUCAACAAUUGUUGAAGAACCAAUAACAAAACCCGAGGAGGAACCUCCUAUCACUGCAGAAGCCAAGAAAAGAGAUAUUGUGUUCCUAAUCGAUGGCUCUCGUGGAAUGGGAAGGUCAUUUCAACAAGUCCGUGAAUUCCUUUUGAAACUAAUGCAGGAGCUUGAUGUUGGACCUGAUACAGAUCAAGUUGCUGUGGUACAAUAUAGCUCUACUCCAAGGCUUGAAUUUGCCCUCAAUGUUCAUUCAACAAAUCAAGAAGCUUUGAGUGCAAUACGGAAAUUAAAACUGAAAACAGGAAGACCCCUCAAUACAGGUGCAGCACUAGACUUUGUCAUUAAUAACGUCUUCCUCCCGGCUGCGGGCAGCAGAAGAGACACCGGAGCUGCACAAAUCCUGGUGCUCAUCACUGCUGGGAGGUCCAGUGACAACAUCGGGCUGGCAGCGGAGGCAGUGAGACAGGCUGGAAUUGUACCCAUUGCUAUUGGAGCUAACCGUGCAAACACAUUGGAACUGCAACAGAUCACUUCUGACCCAGACUCUGUUUUGAUCCUGCGAGAUUUUAAGGAAUUGCCAUCUGUUCAAGAAGAGCUUUUGUCUCAAGUUGGAGCAGUGUUUGUGAUUGAAGAAUCAAUUCCUCCCACUGAAGUUGCACAACAGGACGUGGACAGGGGAGAUAUUGUGUUCCUUAUUGAUGGCUCCGCCAACACUGGAAACGUUAGAUUCACUUACAUCCGUAAAUUCAUCACUUGGUUAAUUGAUCAAUUGGAUAUUGGAAGAGACGGAGUGCAAGUAGGUGUAGCACAGUACAGCGAUGGAGUAAAAACAGAAUGCUACCUGAACAGUUACUCAACAAAAACUGAUCUUGUGAAUCACUUGAAAGGACUCAAGGUGAAAGGUGGCAGGACGGUCAACACUGGGGCAGCACUGGACUACGUCCUUGAAAAUCACUUUACCAAAUCUGCAGGAAGUAGAAAAGGAGAAGGUGUUCCUCAAAUAUUGUUGCUACUUACUGGUGCAAGGUCUAUGGAUGAUAUCAAAUCACCAGCAGAUGACUUGAAGCAAGCUGCUGUAAAGAUCCUUGGUGUAGGAAACAAGAAUGUUGAUAUAGCACAACUGACAGAGAUUGCAAGUGAUCCAAGUUGGGUCUUCAGAGCAAAUGAAUUCUAUUCCCUGCCAACUAUACAGAAUAAAGUGUUGACUCAAUUAACAGCAAUACUGAUGGUGCCUUUGACAAUGACGAUUACUCCAACGGUUGCAAGUACUGAAGUUGCACCACAGGAAGUGGACAGGCGAGACAUUGUGUUCCUUAUUGAUGGCUCUGCCAGAAAUGGAAAUGUUAAUUUUUUUUAUAUCCGUGAGUUAAUCAGAAAAUUAAUUGGUAAUUUGGACAUUGGAAGAGACAGAGUACAAGUAGGUGUGGCACAGUACAGCGACAGUGUAAAAACAGAAUGCUACCUGAACAGUUUCUCAACAAAAACUGAACUUAUGAGCCACGUGAGAGGGCUCAAGUUAAAAGGCGGCAGGGCAGUCAACACUGGGGCAGCACUGGACCAUGCCCGCGUCAAUCACUUUACCAAAUCUGCAGGAAGUAGGAAAGAAGAGGGUGUUCCCCAAAUACUGGUGCUAUUCACUGGUGUAAGGUCUAUGGAUGAUGUCAAAUCAGCAGCGGAUGCCCUGAGGAAUGCUGGCAUAACUACCUUUGGAGUUGGAAUCAGGAAAGCAGAUGCAGUACAACUAAAGGAGAUUGCAAAUGACCCUAGUAUGGUACUCGAGGUAAAAGAACUUCAUUCCCUGCCAGAUAUACAGGCGAAGGUGUUGAAACUGUUGUCAACACUGCCUACUUCACAACUAACUACCGAGAAGCCAAUUACUACCAUUAAGCAAGUUCUGCCAAUUGUGGAAGGCAAGAAAGACAUUGUGUUCCUUAUGGAUGCAUCAAAUAAUGUCAGGAACACAGAUUUUCUUCAUCUGUGUGAUUUUCUCACAUGGAUGAUAGAGCACCUUGACAUUGGGAGUGAUGGAGUUCAAAUAGGUCUGGUGCAGUACAGCAAUUAUGCAGAGACUGAGUUCUAUCUGAACACCUACUCUUCAGAAGAUGAAAUUAUGUCUCACACGGAAGGACUCAGACAGAGAGGUGGGAUGCCACUUAAUACUGGGGCAGCUCUGGACUACGUGCUUAGAAAUCACUUCACCAGAUCCUCAGGAAGCAGAAAAGACAAGGGAGUUCCUCAGAUACUGGUGCUCAUCAUGGCUGGAAGAUCCAGAGAUUAUGUUAUGCAAUCUGCAGAUGCACUGAAGCGAGCGGCUGUUACAGUAUUUGCUGUGGGAACCAGGGAUGUCGACCCAGCACAAGUGAAAGAAAUCGCAAGUGAGGCCAGAUUGGGCUUCAGUGUAGAGGAUUUCCGCUCUCUGCCCAACUUACAGGAGCAGGUGAUGAUAUCAUUGUCAACACUGCCUGCUAGACGAGAACCCACUCACCAGCCAACUGUUCCUGUCAAACCAGGAGAAAGAAUAAUCAAGAAGGACAUUGUAUUUCUUAUUGAUGCAUCAGAUAAUGUCAGGGGCACAGAUUUUGGGUUUGUCCAUGAGUUCCUCCGACAGAUAAUAGAGAACGUUGAUAUUGGGAAUGGUGAUGUUCAGAUAGGUCUGGUGCAAUACAGCAAUUAUGCAGAGACUGAGUUCUAUCUGAACACCUACUCUUCAGAAGAUGAAAUUAUGUCUCACAUGGAAGGACUCAGACAGAGAGGUGGGAUGCCACUUAAUACUGGGGCAGCUCUGGACUACGUGCUUAGAAAUCACUUCACCAGAUCCUCAGGAAGCAGAAAAGACAAGGGAGUUCCUCAGAUACUGGUGCUCAUCAUGGCUGGAAGAUCCAGAGAUUAUGUUAUGCAAUCUGCAGAUGCACUGAAGCGAGCGGCUGUUACAGUAUUUGCUGUGGGAACCAGGGACGUCGACCCAGCACAAGUGAAAGAAAUCGCAAGUGAGGCCAGAUUGGGCUUCAGUGUAGAGGAUUUCCGCUCUCUGCCCAACUUACAGGAGCAGGUGAUGAUAUCAUUGUCAACACUGCCUGCUAGACGAGAACCCACUCACCAGCCAACUGUUCCUGUCAAACCAGCUGUAUUAGGUAGUGGAAGCAAACGAGACAUAGUGUUUCUUGUCGAUGGAUCGGAUGAAGUUGGAAACACAAAUGCUCCUUUUCUCCGUGAGUUUCUGACAAGCCUAAUUGAGAAUCUUGACAUUGGAAAUAAUGAUGUUCAGAUUGGUCUGGUGCAAUACAGCAAUUAUGCAGAGACUGAGUUCUAUCUGAACACCUACUCUUCAGAAGAUGAGAUUAUGCUUCAUGUGGAAGAGCUUCAGUUAAGAGGAGGAAAAGUACUGAACACUGGGGCAGCAUUGGACUAUGUCCUUAGAAAUCACUUUACCAGAUCUUCAGGAAGCAGGAAGGCUGAUGGUGUGCCUCAAUUUUUGGUGCUGCUCACUGCUGGAAGGUCCAGAGAUAACAUCAAACCAUCUGCAGAUGCACUGAAGCAAGCUUCCAUAGGUAUCUUUGCUGUAGGGACUAAGAAUGCAGACCCAGCACAGCUGAAGGAGAUGGCGACUAACCCCAGUUUUGUCUUCAGAGCUCAGGAAUUCCACUCUUUGACACAUGUACAGGAACAAAUGAUGAUACCACUGACUACGCUGACUGUCCCUCAAGUAUCUACAGAAAACCCAACUCUUCCGAGUAAACAAGUUUUUCCUGAUGACGAAGUCGAGAGAGACAUUGUGUUCCUUAUCGAUGGAUCUGACAAUAUUGGAAAGACGGAUUUUCCACAAAUCCGUGAUUUUCUUACACAUAUAAUUCAAAAUCUCAACAUUGGAAGUGACAGAAUCCAAGUAGGUCUGGUGCAGUACAGCACUUAUGCAGAAACUGAAUUCUAUCUGAACACCUACUUAUCAAAAGCUGAAAUUUUGUCUCAUGUAAGAGGACUGAAAUUAAAAGGUGGGACUAAACUUAAUACAGGUGCUGCAUUGGACUACCUUUUUAGAUACCAUUUUAUCAGCUCUGCUGGAAGUAGGAGGCGAAAUGGCAUUCCUCAGUUUUUGGUUGUGCUUACUGGUGGAAGGUCCAGUGAUGAUGUCAAACCAUCUGCAGAUGCAAUGAAGCAAGCUGCUAUCAUAACUUUUGCAAUUGGAGUCAAGAAUGCUGACUUAAUGCAACUAAGUGAUAUUGCAAUCGAUCCCAGCUUAGUCUUCAGUUCAAAUACGAUGUAUUCUUUGCCAAACAUAGAAGAAGACGUGACAACACUAUUAACGACACUGCCUGCUCCUCACCCAAUGCCUGAAGAGCCAACUGCUCCCAUUGAACCAGGUCCGUCUACAACAGACAGCAAGAGAGACAUAGUAUUUCUCAUUGAUGAAUCUGAUUAUGUUGGGAAUUCAAACCUACAGCCUAUCCGUGACUUUGUCUCCACAAUAAUUGAGAACCUUGAUAUUGGAAGUGACAGAGUGCGAGUUGCUUUGGUGUUAUAUAGCGACACUGAGGAGACAGAGUUUUAUCUAAACACCUAUUUGAGAAAGGAUGAAAUUCUGGAUUUCCUAAGAACGCUCAGAUUUAAAGGUGGUAGGAGACUCGCAACUGGGAAGGCGCUGGACUUUGUCCUCACCUCUCACUUUGUCAGCUCUGUAGGCAGCAGAAGAGAAGAAGGUGUUCCCCAGUUCUUGGUGCUCAUCACUGGUGGAAGGUCUGGAGACGACUUCAGAAGAGCUGCAGAUAAACUGAAGCAGAGCGCUGUAAUAACCCUUGCUGUUGGAUCUGGGUCUACAGAUACUGCUCAACUGAAGCAGAUAGCUUUUAAACCCAACCUGGCCUUCCAUGUGAGGGACUUUUAUUCUCUACCAGGCAUACAGCAACAGGUAAUGACGUCAUUACAAAGACCACAUACUCUAGAAAUAAUUACUGAAGAGACAACAGUGCAUGUUGAAGAACCUGUGGUCGACAGUACAGAAGCUUCUGCAGCUACAAAGAGAGAUAUUGUGUUCCUAAUUGAUACCUCUCCUGGAAUGGGGGGAUCAUUUAUUCAGGUCCGUGAGUUUCUGAUGAAACUAAUACAGGAUCUUGAUGUCGGACCAGACAAAGAUCAAGUAGCUGUGGUACUAUACAAUUCCAAGCCAACACUUGAAUUUGGCCUCGAUAGUCAUUCCACAGCCGCACAACUUUUGAAUGCAAUAAGAAGACUGCGAUUUAAAAAGGGAAGAUCCCUCAACACGGGUGCAGCACUGGACUUUGUCACAAGGAACGUCUUCAUCCCGGCUGCGGGCAGCAGAAGAGAUGCUGGAGCUGCACAAUUUCUGGUGCUCAUCACUGCUGGGAGAUCCAGAGACAACGUUGGGCCGGCAUCGGAGGCAGCGAGGCAGGCUGGCAUUGUGCUCAUUGUUAUUGGAGCCAAGAAUGCAGACACAUCAGAACUGCAGCAGAUCACUUCCGACCCAGAAUCUGUUUUCAAAUUGAAUCACUUCCAGGAAUUGCCAACUAUUCAACAACAACUGCUGUCUAAAGCUCAGCCUGUGAUAGAGGAAACAAUAAUUAUCAGUGAAGUUGAACCAGUAGAAAUGAGCAAAAGAGAUGUUGUGUUCCUUAUUGAUGGAUCAGACAAUAUCGGAAACGUUAACUUACCUCACGUUCAUGAUUUUAUCAUAAGAAUAAUUCAACAGCUGGCUGUCGGACAUGACAAAGUACGAGUGGGUCUGGCACAGUACAGUGAUGACACAGAGGCUGAGUUCUACCUUAACACUUACUCAUCAAAAGCUGAACUUCUGUCUCAUGUCAAAAGCCUCAGUCUGAGAGGCGGGGCAACAGCCAACACGGGCUCUGCACUGGACUUUGCUACUAAAUACUAUUUUACUAGUUCGGGUGGGAGUCGAAUCCAGGAGGAUGUUCCCCAGUUUUUGCUGCUCAUCACUGGUGGAAGGUCCAACGAUAAUGUGGAGGUGGCUGCGGAUGCACUGAAACGAGCUGCCGUCAUGACCUUCGCGAUUGGUGUUAACAAUGCAGACCCAGCCCAACUAGAUGAGAUGGCAAUUGACCCAAGUUUGGUCUUCAGUGUAAAUGAAUUCCACUCUUUGCCAGAUGUCCUGAAUCAACUAAUGAUGCCACUGACAAUGCUGAGUGUUCCGACAGUAAUCGAAGAGCCGACAAUUGUUGAAGAGGAAAUGGUCACAACUUCAGAAGCCAGGAAGAGAGAUAUUGUGUUCCUCAUCGAUGGCUCCCCUGGGAUGGGGAAAUCAUUUCAAAAAGUCCGUGAAUUUCUGAAGAAGGUAAUCCAGGAGCUUAAUAUUGGGCCUGACACAGAUCAAGUUGCUGUGGUGCAGUACAGCUCUAAUGCAAGACUGGAAUUUGGCCUCAAUGUUCACUCAACGAAAGAUGAAGCUUUGAAUACUGUACGAAAACUAAAACUGAAAACAGGAAGACCCCUUAACACAGGCGCUGCAUUGGACUUUGUCACAAAUAACGUCUUCAUCCCAGCUGCGGGCAGCAGAAGAGAUGCCGGAGCCAUACAGAUCCUGGUGCUCAUCACUGCUGGGAUAUCCAAGGACAACGUUGUGCCGGCAGCAGAAGCAAUGAGACAGGCUGGUGUUGUGCCCAUUGCUAUUGGAGCCAACUAUGCAGACAAGUCAGAGCUACAACAGAUUGUGCAUGAACCCAACCUUGUUUUCAAACUGAGUGACUUCCAAGAAUUGCCAACUAUCGAAAAUGAGCUGAUAUCCAAGGUUAAAUCCAUAAUUAUUGAGGAUGCAACUGCUGUAAAUACUGAAGUUUUGCCUGAUGAAGUGAACAAGAGAGAUAUUGUAUUCCUUAUCGAUGGCUCAGACAAUGUUGGGAGCGCAAAUUUAUUUCUCGUGCAUGAAUUUAUUAGCAGUAUAAUCGAGAAUCUUGAUAUUGGAAGUGCCAAAGUAAGGGUAGGUCUGGCACAAUUCAGUCACAAUAUCAAAACUGAGUUCUACCUUAAUACAUACUCAACGAAAGCAGAAAUUCUGAGUCAUGUCAAAGGAAUCAGACUGAAAGGGGGCCCCAUACUUAAUACUGGUGCAGCAUUGGACUUUGUUUUAAAGAACCUCUUCAGCGAACAUGCAGGAAGCAGAAAAGAGCAAGGAGUUCCCCAAUUUCUUGUGGUGUUCACUGGUGGUAGAUCGUCAGAUGCUAUUAAGCCAUAUGCAGAUGCACUCAAGCGAGCUACCAUAUCAACCUUUGCAGUUGGAGUCAGGAAUGCCAGCCCUGCACAGCUGAAUGAAAUUGCUACCAAUCCCAGUUUGGUCUUCAGUAUAAAGGAGUUCCAAAAUUUGCUAAAUGUACAUGAAUGGGUGAUGACACCAUUGUCAACAAUGACUUCUCCAACUUUGUCUGUCAGUGAGUCAACAACCAUUAACGAAGAAGCUCUAAUUCAGGAAGAAGUAGAAGUUACUGGUGCUGAAGCUAUGAGGCAAGAUAUUGUCUUCCUAAUUGAUGGCACCAUUGAAAUGGGCAAAGCAUUUCCUCUCAUCCGUCAAUUUCUUAUUAAAGUAAUUCAGGAUCUUGACAUUGGACCUGACAAAGACCAAGUUGCCGUGGUACAGUACAGUUCUGAUGGAAAAACUGAAUUUGCAUUCAAUACGUAUUCAAGCAAGGAUGAAGUUUUGGCUGCAACAACACAGAUUCGACGUAAAGCAGGAAGAGUCCUCAACACUGGUGCUGCACUAGAGUAUGUCUCAAGAAAUAUCUUUACCACAUCUGCUGGCAGCAGGCAAGAUGCUAAGCAGAUUCUGGUACUUAUUACUGCCGGGAGGUCCAUGGAUGAUAUUAACCCAGCAGUAGACAGAAUAAAGCAAGCUCAUAUUGUCCCCAUUGCAAUCGGAGCUAAGAAUGUAGAUCCAACAGAGCUACGGCGGAUUGCAAAUUCCCCUGAUUUUCUCAUCAUAUUAAAAACCUUUCACACCAUACCAACUUUCAAGCAGCGGUUGAUAUCAAUGCUGAAAUCAGUUUCAGUUUAACCAUUUCAAGAUCAUCUCACUGAAUUACAGAGAGUCCUGCUUCUGAAUUAUACUACACCAUUCAGGCUGCGUUCCCUACAUUACGCUGCAGAAACAAUUAAAAAAGAAUUGCUUGAAUGAACCACUUCAUGAUGAGAAGAAAAUGAAAGUCAGCUAUCUUUGGAAGCCACAAUUUUAACAACAAUCUCCUGUUUAUUAUUGUGAUCUCAGAAUUAAAUUGCAUCUGUACAUCUGUCUUUAUAAAGUUACUUGCAAUGUUUAGUCAACAAAAUUACUGGGUAAACGGAACAUUGGUACAGUGUAAGGAACUAGGUGAUGCACAAUUACCAGUUCAUUCUGAAAUAAAAGCAAAAUGCUGCAAAGAUACAGCAGGUCAGGGGGCAUCAACAGAGAAAGAAACAGGGUUAACAGUCAGCAGGUCAGAUAGUGACUCUGGACUGAAAUGUUAACUCUUUCCACAAUUGCAGCCUGAACUGCUGAGCAGUUACAGCUUGUAUUUCAGUUUACUGGCAACAGAUUUUCUAUUUUCAGUGAUAUUAUUUGGCAAAGGAUUAAAAAUAAAUUGGGACAUAAUUGCACUCUAAGCAAUGGAGGAUUUUCAGUUCUGUUCCGUAUUUUAUUUGGAUCAUGAUACUCACUACCGUAUAUACCAAAGCUGCUUCUCAUCAUGUUCGGUAAUUUCAAAUCCAAUUUCUCUUUGCUGCUACCUGCUCGAUAAAUGAUCAGAAUUGCUUUUUCUUCCAAUGACCUCUCUCUGGCCAUUGUGCUGGUUUCAAUUCUAUUGAAUUGGAAAGCGGCACCCUCUCAACUUAUCUGGGUUUAUAUCCUCAAUACAUUGUCAUAGACUUGUAAAGUAACAAAUAAAUUUUAA